GACAAGAAUCGAUAUUUGCGAUUAGCUUGUGCGGCCGUGACUAGCGUUUGUGACACACAAGUUUGUCUUUAAAAUACCCAAGUUUCUUUCGUUUAAUUAGUUUAUAAUACAGUUUAAUUGAGAAAAAUCAUUAAAGAUGUUUCUAACGCGCUCAGAAUAUGAUCGUGGGGUUAAUACAUUUUCCCCAGAGGGACGACUAUUUCAAGUUGAAUAUGCAAUUGAAGCAAUAAAAUUGGGUUCAACGGCAAUUGGUAUAUCAACAUCGGAAGGUGUAAUAUUGGCUGUUGAAAAACGUACAUCAUCAGUUUUAAUGGAACCAACGACUGUUGAAAAAAUUGUCGAAGUCGAUAAACAUAUUGGCUGUGCUGUUUCUGGUUUAAUGGCCGAUUCACGAACAAUGGUUGAUCGCGCACGUGUUGAAUGUCAAAAUCAUUGGUUUAUUUAUAAUGAAAAAAUGACCGUUGAAUCGGCAGCGCAAGCUGUUUCAAAUUUGGCAAUUCAAUUUGGCGACAGUGAUGACGAUGGUAGUGCAAUGUCACGUCCAUUUGGUGUGGCAAUUUUAUUUGCUGGAAUUGAUGAGAAGGGACCACAAUUAUUUCACAUGGAUCCGUCAGGUACAUUUGUUCAAUUUGAUGCAAAAGCCAUUGGUUCGGGAAGUGAAGGCGCACAACAAUCAUUGCAAGAAGUCUAUCACAAGUCGAUGACUUUGAAGGAGGCGGCAAAAGCAGCUCUCACGAUAUUAAAACAAGUGAUGGAGGAAAAAUUGAAUGACACCAAUAUUGAAGUAAUGUCAAUGACGCCAGAAAAAUUGUUUCACAUGUACACGAGGGAAGAAUUGCAAGAGGUGAUUAAAGACAUUGCAUAAAUUAUUUUCACGUUGAUUUUACGAAAAAAAAAAAUUGUUUCGUCGAAUUAUUGUGAAUGUUUUUUUUUUUUUACUUGUCUCUCACAUUUUUGAAAGGCAAGAUUUCGCGUUAAUUUUACAAUUUAUAUUCUUUCUUUAAAAAUUAGGUUUUCUCAAAAGAAAAAAAAAAAAGAAGAAAAACACACACACACAAAAAAAAACAUGAAAUACAAAAAAAGGAAAAAGGAAA